AACUCACAAAGAAAGAAAAAAAAAAAUGGAUAACCGAUUCUCUCUCUUUCUCAUCUCCGCUCUUCUCUUGAUCUCCGCAACGACGUCGUUGCCAGAAAACUCCGACGACGCGUUGAUCCGACAAGUCGUCGACGCCGAUGCUGGCGUUGGCGAGACUCUGAGCGACGAUCCUCUGCUCGGGGCGGAGCACCACUUCACGCUGUUCAAGAAGAAGUACGGCAAGUCGUACGCGAACCAGGAGGAGCACACGUUCAGGUUCAAGGUUUUUCAGAAGAAUCUGAAGAGAGCGCGCCGACACCAGAGGAUGGACCCGUCGGCGGUCCACGGCGUGACUCAGUUCUCCGAUCUGACUCGCUCCGAGUUCAAGAGGACCGUCUUGGGAUUGAGAGGUAGCCGGAGGCUCAGACUCCCCACCGAUGCCAACACCGCUCCGAUUCUCCCCACCGAAGGUCUCCCCGAAGAUUUUGAUUGGAGAGAUCACGGAGCUGUCACCGAAGUCAAAAAUCAGGGAUCAUGCGGAUCAUGCUGGAGUUUCAGUGCAACUGGGGCCUUGGAAGGUGCUAACUACCUUGCCACCGGGAAGCUCGUUAGCCUCAGUGAGCAACAGCUUGUGGAUUGUGAUCAUGAGUGUGAUCCAGAAGAGGCAGGCGCAUGUGACUCUGGUUGCAAUGGCGGGUUAAUGAACAGUGCCUUUGAGUACACACUCAAAGCCGGUGGACUCAUGAAAGAGAAAGAUUAUCCAUACACUGGUACUGACCGUGGAACCUGCAAAUUUGACAAGAGCAAGAUUGCAGCAGCAGUGUCUAACUUCAGUGUUGUCUCACUUGAUGAAGAUCAAAUUGCUGCUAACCUUGUUAAAAAUGGCCCUCUUGCAGUGGCUAUCAACGCGGUGUUCAUGCAGACAUAUGUGGGUGGAGUUUCUUGCCCAUACAUAUGCUCAAAGAGGCUUGAUCAUGGUGUGUUACUGGUUGGCUAUGGCUCAGCUGGUUAUGCUCCUGUCCGAAUGAAGGAGAAGCCAUACUGGAUUAUCAAGAACUCAUGGGGUGAGAGCUGGGGAGAGAGUGGUUUCUAUAAAAUCUGCAGGGGCCGCAAUAUCUGUGGAGUCGACUCCAUGGUCUCCACUGUUGCUGCAGUCCAAACCACCUCACAGUAGGGGGCAUGAAUUUUAGUGAAUAUUCAUCACACUAAAAUUUCUGUAUAUAUAAGAAAUGUGGCAUGUAAUUUAUAUUGCAACCUGAUGUCACAGACAUUAUAGCCCGCAAAUUAUCCCAGAACAUUGAAGAUUGAAAUAUCUCACUGGGAUUAAUCUCUGUAUUUACGUUUUUUAGUGCAUGUUCUUCCUUUUUAAA